AUGUUGAAAACAGAUUGGUUCAUCCAGCGUUUCCAGGCGCUUCUGAGCGCUUCCAACUCCCGCCCAGGAUGCUUGACUCUGCUGCUGGCCAUGGGUUUAUCUUUGCUGAUGUAUCCAGUGCUAAGAACAAUCAGCCUCCAGCUGCACGCAGCUCUGACCGGCAGCUACAUCUCAGGGACUCAUUCUGUGGCUUUCGUCAACUGCCCCAAUGAGCAAAUCGCAAGAGAAAUUGCAAGGGCGAUUAUGGACCGGAAACUGGCUGCUUGUGUGAACAUCCUCCCCAAAACUUCAACCAUGUAUAUUUGGAAAGGGGAGAUUGAAGAAGCUACAGAGAUACUUCUGCUAGUGAAAACGAGGACAUCUAAAAUCAGGGAGUUGUCAGACUACGUCAGAUCCAUACAUCCUUUUGAGGUACCUGAAAUCAUCAGCCUGCUCAUUGACCAAGGAAACCCAGCCUAUCUGCAGUGGAUCAAAGAGAGUGUUCCAUAGGAUUAAUGGGUGUCGUUGGGAC